CCUGCGCCGCGCCGAGCCGAGCCGAGCCCCGGGGGCGGCGGAGACGCGCGCGGCCGCGGCGGGCCCGGCAUGGAGGCGGAGUGCCGGGUGCUCUCCAUCCAGAGCCACGUCGUCCGCGGCUACGUGGGCAACCGGGCGGCCACGUUCCCGCUGCAGGUUUUGGGAUUCGAGGUUGAUGCGCUGAACUCCGUCCAAUUUUCCAACCACACAGGCUACGCACACUGGAAGGGUCAAGUGCUGAACUCGGAUGAGCUCCACGAGCUCUACGAGGGUCUGCAGCUGAACGGCGUGAACAAGUAUGACUACGUGCUCACAGGUUACACGAGGGACAAGUCUUUCCUGGCCUCGGUGGUGGACAUUGUGCAGGAGCUGAAGAAGCAGAACUCCAAGCUGGUGUAUGUGUGCGACCCGGUGAUGGGCGACGAAUGGAACGGCCAAGGCUCCAUGUACGUGCCGGAGGACCUCCUUCCGGUUUACAAAGAGAAGGUCGUGCCGCUUGCAGACAUCAUAACCCCCAACCAGUUCGAGGCUGAGUUACUGAGUGGCAGAAAGAUCCAGAGUCAGGAAGAAGCCUUGUCGGUCAUGGACGAGCUGCACGCCAUGGGCCCGGACACGGUGGUCAUCACCAGCUCCAACCUGCCGUCCCCGAGGGGCAGGGACUACCUGAUCGCGCUGGGGAGCCAGAGGAUUCGGAACCCCGACGGCUCCGUGGUGACAGAGCGCAUCCGCAUGGAGAUGCACAAGGUCGACGCGGUCUUUGUGGGCACCGGGGAUCUCUUUGCCGCCAUGCUCCUGGCGUGGACACACAGACACCCCAGCAACCUCAAGGUGGCCUGUGAGAAGACCGUGUCUGCCAUGCACCACGUCCUGCAGCGAACCAUCAGAUGUGCAAAAGCCCAGGCAGUGGGAGGGCUGAAGCCCAGCCCGGCGCAGCUGGAACUAAGGAUGGUCCAGAGCAAAAAGGACAUCGAGAACCCGGAGAUCGUGGUCCAGGCCACGGUGCUGUGAGGCCCCUGGGCCGCCCCCCUCCGACGCACAGCGUGUGGUGUCUCCCUUGUCGUCCUGUGAACAUGUAGCGUCUGCCUUAGAGCUGUGACUGAAACCUGGUCGUCUUUUUCUUUCAUGAGUGUCCAGUACCCACCGGUCUUAAUUGUGAAAACGUGCUGGUCCUGCUUUUCAGGAGUAACGAAGCAAUCACAGAAAUCUGUAAUUUGGGGAAUGUCGCUCCCCACGGCUCUCCUGGCUCCGGGUGCCAUGUGUCCCGACCCAAGUAGCCUAGGGCUGCAGAAGCCCAGGCUGUAUGUGUCCCCAAGGAGCCCUUGGGUUGUAACUAUUUGCGCCUCGAAGGGUCUUGCCAAAUCUCUGUGUUGUCUUUCUGACCGACCCUCUCUGCUCCCACUCAGACGUCUUGGUUGUCACUUCGCUGUUGGGGAGGUCGCCGGGGAAGGUUGUCCCGUGGGGACAGUUGAACACCAGCUGGCCCAGCACGCACGGGCACUGUGCAGUCCCGCCGGGGGGCACCUUUCCAGGACCGUGAACAUUCAGGUGGCCUGCUCGUGUCGUGCCCAUCCAUGGGACCAGGGACCUGCUGGUUGACGUGACGGAGACGAGGAAAGGUCCUGUGGGUUGGGGACAGCUUGUGGGAGCACUAGCACGCUGUGUUCCUAGUCAGUGACACGGCAGGUCGAGUAUGCCCUGUGUUUGCCCCUGUUGCAGGGAACAGGUGUGUCGCACACGGGGCCAGGGCAGAGGUGGGUGCAGGAGGGCAGAGGGGGACACCUGCCCCUCCCUGCUUGCCUCUGCCUUCUAUGCCUCCUGGAAGCUGGGAAGCAAGAGGCAGGUGGGAAAGCCAGCCGAAGCCGUGCCCACCCCUCGCAGGGGAGGGUGUUGGACCCCAGGGAGGGACUGGGGCACGGUGCCAGAGGAGUGGCUCCCAGUAGCCGCCAACGGAGGCCACAGCCUAGGCCUGGGCACCAGGCUGGUUGUCUGCUGCCGGGUGGCCUGUCUGGCCCCACUUGGCCCAGAAAUUUGAGGACUCCCAGGUGUGGCUACGAGGAGGGAGGCGUGCCUGUCCCGUAGACUUGGCCUGCCUCGAUCGCAGCUCCCGGCCCCCGAGCCCCCGUUCCUGUGGGGGGGGGUGGUGCGGAGGUCCUGCUCUCCCGGGAGCCCACAGCCUGCAGGAUCGGGGGGUGGGGACAGAUGGCAGGCCCGCCCCGGGGAGCCCCCUUGCCCACGUCCCACAGGCAGGUCCUGUCCUGCGGCCCACACCCCCCGCUGCGGCAGUUCCCCGUGACCUCCAGAACCACUGCCACCCCCUCGGGGCAGCGUUCUCCACUGCGGUGAGGACGCCCCAAAACGAAAGCCGGCCUCCGUGUUCUAUCCGCUUUUCUUUUUCCCUGUCCUUCACGUCCUGAGUGUCCUCACUCACGCUUCAGUGCCCGGCAGCUGUGCACGGGCUCGGUGGUUCGCGCCUCCCAUGGCGGGCACAGGUCAGGGCAUGUGUCCCUGUCCUGUGUCCUGGUUCUGAGGACCGGGCUCCGCUUAGCCCUGGGGUAGAGCCUGGCCGCCUGUCACUGCCAAGGAGAGCUGGGGAGACGGCCACGCCACCAGCCAGCAAAGGAAGGUUUUUUCCCCUUUUUUAAUACCGAGAGCGAGGGUAAGAUGGGAAGCCUCCUGAGUGUGUGCCUGCAGUGCUAUGGCAGAAAAGCCUCCGCACCGCUACGGUGGGGGCUGGAGGGGCUCACUGGGUCUGUUCAGUGGCCUUGGGGAGCCUCCUGCAAACACUGUCCAUCUGCCUGUUCACCUUUUAUUUCAGAGGCUCAGCCUUUGUGUCCCCCUGACUUCCUUCACCGGUACUCUAUGUACAAAGCCUUCUGCCCCCUCAUCAGCUUUCUGGCGGGGUUCUGGGCAUGUUCCUCUGUCCCUCUGACUCUGAAGCCCCGAGCACUGGGAGAGGUGGUGUCUUGUCCCCUUGGCACCCAGCAGCAGGAACCGGGUGUCCAGAGAGCCUCUGCAGAGCGUGGGGCUCCUGUAGAAAUGGUGUCCGGUUCCAUCAGCUUCCGUGGGAGACCGUCCAACCCUCCAGCUCCCAGCAAGGGGUGUGUGUGUCCCGUGCUGCCGCGGAGCCCAUGCGAUCCUGGGCCCCGUCCUCCGUGCACCCAGAGCCCCCGGUUGUCAUGCUUACGAUUUCCCAUCCGGAAGUGCACGUGGUCGUUAGCAGUGGUGUUUUUAUACAGGUUGGGUCCAGAUUAGAAUUAAUCUUUGUUUCUACUUUCCAUAGUUUAGUAACACGCAAAGUAAUAAUUAUAUAUUUUAAGAUGAGAGAUGUAUUGGUCUUAAAUCGCCUGCUUAGGACCAGAUUACAGAUUUCAGUAGUUUUUCAAAGCUUCUGUAGACCUUAAAGAUGAAUUACAAAAUACCCUUUUUUUAAAAAACAUUUUCAGGUCAUUGCCAAGUCCUGCUGAGGUGAUCGUGUUAAUCUGCAUUAUUUUUGUAAUACAUGUCAGCGGUGGUAAAAAUGA